GACGUGAAAGUUACCGCAUGAAUGCACACCGGCAUUCCUGUGCGCCGCUCGCCUUGCUCCGCACACUGUAAGCCUAUUGUCGUCCGGAUGAGGCCUCAUUUCCAUCUGAAUGGUUCCAUUCGAAGGGGAAGCCAUAUUGUCGGUCCUGCCCAUAUCUGACGUACACGGAAUAACCAUUGCUGGGUGAAUAACGAUGAAAAUCGACGGAAACUCGCGAUUUCUGGGUUCGUUUUCGGGUGUUUUACGGGAUCGUCCGAUGGAGAUGUAAACGCAAGAAGUGAUGGCUUCAUCAGAUAGGACACCGCAUCAAUAGUUGGAAACCAGAUAGAGAAUUGUUCCACACAACCCCCGAAUGACUACACUUUCCGUGCGACCGUGACGAUAGCUGAUCCACCAUGGGGUCCAAAGUUGAAGAUAUACGGUGGUCCAAACGCUCCUACACGCUGAGAGAAGCUCUCAAACGAUGCACGUUCCCCGCGAUCAUGAAGGUUUCGGCGGGCUUCGUCUCGCCUGAUGAGACUGAAACGCUGAACAGAGAUCAGAUUCUUCGCAUCAACCAAAUCCACACUCAAACGCGAGUUCUGGCAAGCAUCAAGAAAAACAAAUGGUUGAGCAUCCCUUUGCGAUACGCAGAUGCCAGAUUCGAAGUGAUUACCAGUAAAAAACGUUCCAAACCAAUGUACAUGCGUGACGUCAUCGAUCGUGCCCUCCUGCCCCAAGAGGCAACUUUCUUCCUUGGUGAUGAAUUACAGUUUGACCUCCAGACCGCAAAGGGAAGCGUGUCUGAGAAACUAAGUCCCCUCGUCUUGAAGAAUAUGUACGAAGUAUCCUAUCUGCAAGGCAAUGCUAUCUAUCACAAUCAUCUGGAUACACAGGUUGUCAACAUCCCACUGUAUCUCCCAAUUGAGGUCAAUCUGGCUGAAGGUUUCACCAAGCACUCUGUUGAACAAUGGGGGCGCUAUCAAUCCUUACUGGAGAAGCUAGUUACUAAACAUGUGACUUUUGAACUCUUCCCAGGGAAUCAAAAUAUCACCUUCUUCUCAGACAAGCGAUUAGAAAAAGCCGAAAGCCAAGAAGACUAUGAGAAGGUAUCUCCCAGUGGUACCCUGUACGUCACAUCGGCCAGAGAAAGACUACGCAGCAAAACCCCAACAGGUCAAGUGACGACUGGCUCUCGCACCGUGGGUCAUACCCCUGUCACUUCAGCAGGAGCUGCUCGAGUCAAGGGUGCCUCUCCGGGAACUGCACAGACAGCCACCAAAAAUGGAGAAGCUGGAAAACACAUGGCAAAGGCGUCAUCCGCUUCUGCGCUGACAAGCAAUACUGUGCCUAAGAAUGCACAUCAGCCAAGAGGGCGUCGGGAGUCUCCUAGUAGCAGUCGACCUGUUCCACCGAGCAGUUCAACCAUGCCAAGUAGAUCAAUUCUACAGAGGAGAAGUCAGAGUCAAGAUACUCGUGUGAAGAGUGUCCCUGUACAACCUCCUGCUCUUCCCACAUCAGCGAGACCUACACGAGGCAGUCCUGUACAAGACACCAGGCGCAUGGGAGCUCCGAAUCACACAGGCAGCUCAACAGUCGACAGAUUGGCCACAAGAGGGCGAGAGUCCAGGCCACCACCGUUAUCGACCACACAAGGAAAUGGGUAUCACCGUCAAAGAUCGCCUUCGCUUGAUGCAACACCGACCUCCAGGGGAGCAUAUCGGACCAGGUCCCCGUCUGUUGGAUCCCGACCUGAACAAGUCUUGGUCUCACCAAGAGGUCGCGUCAGGAAAACUCCAAUCACACAGCAUUCACCUGGAAUCAUCAAUGCCUUCGAGCGGACUCCCAGCUCUACAAGCUCAACUGACUCUCCUGAUUAUGCUCAUCUGAAGACCUUGCCUGUUGAUAUACCAGCUCCGGACUAUGAUGCCAAUGAAAGCUUUUUCCAGUUCCCUUCAGAAGGUGCCAAGGCCAAAGAGGCUGGUUAUGGACCGCCUCCCACUCCACCUCCAGUAUCUUCUAUCCCUUCCAGGCAGACCAGCAUCCCAAAUCAAGCUCCUCCUCCAAUACCCACUGCCACAUCAAGCUUCUCAUCUCCAGCAUCAUCUGCAUCAUCAACUCCAACCUCAGUAGCACCUCCUCCACCUGCUGGGCCCCCACCGCCCCCACCCCAAGUGCCUUCGCUUGCUCCCCCUCCCCCAGCCCCCGCACCUCCCUCUGGUCCAGCACCCCCUCCCCCUCCCCCACCUCCUGGUUUAGACUGGAAGGCACCUGCUCAGCCUGCUCCUCAACUAACACCUGUCUCCAGACCACCUGUUACUCGGAAGGUCAGUAACGAGCAGAUGUCGAUGAUGGAUGAGCUGAAGAAGGCACAGCAACGGAGGAUGUCUCGCGGAAUGGAUCUGGAUGUCGUGGAUGUGAUGGAUGGUGGAAAGGUGAACGGCACAGACACCAAUGGUAGCCCAAGAAGCAAUGCUUUUGGCAAACCACAGACUGAUUCAGAACCAAAUGAACUCAGGAGGAUUCUGGCCAACAGGAAAGCUGGUCUGUCUCCCUCUCAAGGCUCGCCAAGCAAUCCCCUUCCGGUGGCACCUCGGCCCAAGCCCGGCGGCUUCCGAGGGGCCAAUUCCCCUGCCUCUACCAACAACACCUUCAACAGGGUUGAAGAUAUCCCAAGCAAACUUAAUGGACUAACCCUGGCACAAGUCAGCCAAUGCCUGCGACUCCUCAAUCUGGAGAAGUACAUCGAUGCGUUCAAGAAAAACCAUGUGGACGGGGACUUGAUGAUGACUCUAAAUAAGGAAAUGCUUCGCAGCGAUUUUGGACUCUCAAGUUUUGAUGUGGAGAAAGUCAUGAAAUUCAUCCAGGGAUGGCGACCAAAGUAGAAGUGUGAGUUGUCCCCUGCAGAUUCUGAUGUGGCUUCUUUGCACUAAAAAGUCGGACAGCUACUCCUAACCCGUCUUGCUCUUCCAUCGGGCACUUGCAUCUGCUGUUGCAGCCGGAGCUAAAAUUUGUAAAGAAAAGAUCCAACCCUUCCGGAGACCUUGCAAAUCUCCUCUAGUAAAGGUCAGACAUUUUAGGUAGCCACAAGAGGAGUAACUCAUGUAUUCUACAGAGUGUAGUUUGACUUUUAUUAAAAUAUUCGAUGACAAUCAUGUGUAUCAUGAUCAACAAACAGGUGUAUAGUUAUAAACCUCUCCACAGAGCACGGAAAUCACUGGAAGAGACUUCUGCUCUUGAGAUCUACAUGUAUGUGAAUUUUGUCCGUCGAUGAAAUCAGAAGUAGAUAAUUACGAUAUCCUGUUUGCUACUUUGACGUUCUUCUUGAAACCAAAUUCUGGCAAGAAUCUUGGCAGAUGAGAAACUGUCAACACUGAAACUUUGUCGCUAUCCGGAGCUAUGUCCAAUUGACUUCUUACGACAAGUACUGUUAUUAUUGAAAGGAGCAAAACGUCUGUCUUUGAUUUUAGCAAGUCACUGACAUGUGUCAUAAACCGUAUAGAGUUGUGUUGUAACACUGUUCUUGAAGUCUUCGAUGCAUCUUCCUCAUCAUGUUCACAAUGAAGAGGUCAACUUAUGAUGCUUUUAUACGUAAUUAUUUCAAUAAAUUCCAUAUAAACUGAAUAAUUUUUAUACAUUACUGUAGUAUUUUUAUUCCCCUCUUCACAUUUUUUUAACAAAAGGGCAGCCAUAAUUCUACUUGUCCAAAAAAAAGUUCUACUUUUGAUCUUAACUUACUCGGCUGUUUACCAAUAGAAUUAACCCAAAAUUUCAGAUCGGGUAAUCAAGGCACGGCAAAUUUUAUGGAGCGAGUUUUAUCAACUUUGUAUAAGAGGGUGAGAUUUAAACGCCAUAUGAAAAAAGUACUCACUUUUUGAAUCUGCCACUUUCGACUUGGCGUCUUCCAAUGUCGACACAGCGCUGGAGACAGUGGUGGCAGGUGCGCGCUUCGGUUAACAGCUUCUGAAGGAAUGCAGGAUCACCCCUGAUGUCAUUGCACACCUCAAUCAUUUGGCGCAACACACGAUCGAAGUGUGACGCAACACACGAUCGAAGUGUGACAUCAGGGGUGAUCCUGCAUUCCUUCAGAAGCUUUCAAAUGCAGCACACACCUUCCGCCACCGUCUCCAGCGCUGUAUCGACAUUCUGAAAGUGACAAUUUUUUGUGUAUGGCGUUCACAUUUCACCUUCUUGCACAAAGCUUGUUAAACUCGCUCCAUAAACUUUAUCAUGCCUUGUUCACAUGAUCUGAAAUUUUGGUUUAAUUCCAUUUGUAAACUACAGAGUUUUUUAGGAUCGAAAGUAGGACAUGCUUUUUUGGCAUACGGUACUUGUAUAUAAUAGUGAACAUUUUCAAUUAUCUGGUUUUUAAAAAUUUUUCCAUGAGUUCACAUUGUACAGUUGAGCUCGGCAAGCUAUUUCGAAUUAGAAAUAUAUAUAUGUAAGUAGCAAAAAUGCAAAAAAAAAAAUAUAAUACAAUUAUCGCAAUUUGUACUAUAAUUGUAACUUUUCAUGAUAAAGAUAAUAAGGGAAAUAUCAACUGCUUUUGUAUGAAUAGACCCGAGACCUAAUGGCUUUGUUUACAUAUGUGCCUUCCUAUGUGAGUGAGUCGGACGCCAGACUAAGUAGGGACCGUCUACUACAUAGGAAAGCGCACAUGUAAACAAAGCGUGAUGUCAUUAGGUCUCAGGCCUGUUCAAAUACUCCCAUAGGGCAGUGGAGCUUUACACGGCUAAUUAGAAAGAUUACGUAUAUUUAAAAAUAAAAUAAGAGUACUGCCAAAAGUACAUGUAAUUAACUCAAAUUUUGAUUAAUGAUCGAAAAUUAAAUGUACCAUACAAUGAAAAUAUACUUGGAGUUUAAAUAGUAAAGAAUAAUUCUGUCAUGGAAGGUAAUACUGUUAGGGAGGUACAUGUAUUUUGAACAUAUAUAUCUUGUAUAAAUUAAAACAAUAGCUCUAAUUUUUAUACUUUGACAGUUACAUAUUUUUAUAAAUUCCUUAAAUACAAUACUGCGUAUUUACGAAUAGUAUGUGAUUAUCCAUUGUCUGAACCAAGAAGUCUCUUAAAAAUUGGUUUUGUAAGACAAGGGAAGCGGUAAGAAUCAAGUUUUUUUUUUCUGGACAAAACAUGCCUUGUUUUAAAGAAGUACUAGUAUUGAAAAAAAUACUGCAAGUAAAACUUCGCGCGAUCCCCCUGGCAUGCUGGCGGUUUGUAUACAUGUAUGGGCAGUUAUUGUAGUAAGGACAAUUUUCAGUGUACUUAACCAAAAUGGAAUGUGUCAUAACUAGCAACAAGGGUGACCUGUCAUCACAAAUUGAGCUUACAGUAGGAAUUUUCAAGAAUUGAGGUAUUCAUAUAUCUGGAUUCUGCCGAAAAAGGGCUUUCAAAUGGUAUACAACAUGAAGGGGUGCUGAGUUCAGUAACAGAAAUAUAGACCACCAACUAACUUGAAGUUGAAAAACUGAUUCUUGAGAAAAUGGCAUUUACAAAUCCUGCAGUUGUGUGACAGUGAAU